AUGAGAAUCCCGUUGCUGUUGGCUUUGACGGCCAGUUCCGUGGUUCAAGCAGCCCAACUUGCAUUCCCCGGAGCUGAGGGCUUUGGUAGUGACUCUGGAACUGGGUCUCUUCGAGAUGCAGUAUCGAAGCCCAACAGGAUAGUUGUCUUUGACGUCGGCGGAGUUAUCAAGAUCUCUGAGCGUAUCGUCGUGUCUAAGAACAUCUACAUCGCCGGCCAAACUGCUCCAGGUGGCGGCAUCGUCGUCUACGGCAAUGGCUGGUCUCUCUCCAAUGCCAACGACUCUAUUGUGCGAUACAUCACCAUCCGUAUGGGUAAAGGCGGAACCUCAGGCAAAGACGCAAUCGGUAUUGCUGACGGUAAAAAUAUCAUCUUCGACCACGUCAGUGUCUCGUGGGGCCGUGAUGAGACUUUCUCUAUCAAUGGAGACGUCACAAAUGUCACCAUCCAGAACACCGUCAUUGCUCAGGGUCUUGUUUCUCACUCUUGUGGUGGCUUGAUGCAGACAGAUGGUGGAGUCAGCUUGUUCCGCAAUCUGUAUAUUGAUAACAAGACUCGCAACCCCAAGGUCAAAGGUGUCAACGACUUUCAGAACAAUGUCGUGUAUAACUGGGGAGGUGGUGGCGGUUACAUUGCUGGAGAUAGUGAAGCUGACAGCUAUGUUAACAUUGUCAACAACUAUUUCAUUUCCGACGUCAAGGACAACUUCUACGACUCCAACCGCAAUGGCAAGCUUGAUGGCGCUGCUCUUUGCGAGAAGACCACUUGCUACUCUGGCAUUGAUUUUGUCAAGACUCCAUACAACUAUCCGGCUCCUACAGCGCUCACACCCCAGGCAGCCGUCGAGCUAGUCCUCAAAGGCGUUGGAAAUUCACUGCAUAGGGAUACUGUUGAUACUGUCCUCAUAGACCAGGUCAAGUCCUAUGGAACCAAGGGAGGGCAAAUCUCUGAUGAGAAGGAAUUUGGUGGAGUUGGAGAGAUUGCAAACGGUGCCGCACUGAAAGAUUCAGAUGGUGAUGGCAUUCCUGAUGAAUGGGAAACGAAGAAUGGUCUUAAUCCCAAUGACGCUUCGGAUGUUCUGCUCUCAUCCGCCGAGAAGAUGCAGUUCAAAAAUCUUGUCAUUGCGCUGUACGGCGUUGGAGCUUCAUGUUCUACUCUACGACCACCAAUUGAAAGACGCGCAACGACAGAAAUUCCUUCAGACUCUUUCAAUUCCCUCGAAACAUACUGGAAUUACCUUUAUCCUUGGGGGGCCACACACAAUGGCGGCGCCCGAAUGGAUGAGGAACACGUCUCCGUCACUGAUGGCGUUCUCACUCUGACUGCUGAGCCACGAGAUGACCAAGAAGAUCCCAUUCACUAUCUUUCUGGAGCAAUUCACGCCAAAUCAACAUUCACUGUUUCUGCUGGUGGUGGUUACGAUAUCAGUGCUGAGUUCAUUGCUCCAGUAGACAGAGGAACCUGGCCAGCUUUCUGGCUUAAUGCAGCGAGCGGAUGGCCUCCCGAGAUUGAUAUUGCAGAGUGGAAAGGCUCUGGGAAGAUUUCUUUCAACACAUUCAAUACUUCUGAUGAGGUCACCGCACUCGAUAGGGACUAUCCCAAUCCUGAGGAAUGGCAUUCUGUUCGUGCUGAACUGCGUGAUGAGAACGGUCAUGAUGUGAGAGUCAAGUUUUUCCUCGAUGGUGUUGAGCAGACUACGCAAUAUGGUCGCGACUACAUUGGGGCGGGUCUACGUCUGAUCGUCAACUAUCAGACUGAAGGAUCUUCUGGAUCACCUGGUCCCACAACGCCGACAACUUUUCAAGUUCGAAACGUUGAGGUUGUCAGUCUCAACUAG